CAAUGUUUUUAGAUACAAUUUAUAAUUAUCGAUCAACUGAACCAGUUUGGUUUAGAUUUGUUCGAGGUUUUUUUGCCAUUAUUCUCAUGGGGGCAAUCAUUUAUUAUUCAAGCAUUCAAUUUCAUAAAAUUAACAGAGAUGUUACUGUCAUUCUUAAAAAUGUUAAGAAUGGUAGGGAAUAUGACAAAAUGGAUUAUGGACUCAAUAUAAAAAUGUGUACAGGAAUUUCUAAUGAAAUGAAUAUUGUUACAAGAGAAGGGAAUCUUACGUCGACACAAAUUAAUAAUCAUACUUCCUAUUAUCAAAUUGUUAAUUUAAACUAUAAAUUAUCUUCUUCUCCACGUAUGUCACAACCUUCACUGAUUAUCACCACUACUCUUAAUAAUCUUAAUAAUUAUACCAAUCGAAAUAUAACAUAUGAUUUUGAUUUUUUUUUAUAUAAUAUAUCUCUUCUCAAUAUUCCUAAUAAUUUAUUAUUUUUAAGUAUUGAAACAUUUCACUUUACUGAAAAUGUUGACAAUGUUGACCUUCCUGUCACAACUUUCGAUAACUAUAGAUUUGACAAUGAUUUUGAAUAUCUAGAAUCAUUUAUUUCUAAAAAUAAAUUUGGAAGAAUAGAACCAGCUCAUUUCUCACUUUAUCUUGGUCAAACUUAUUUUAUAUCUUUUAAUCCAAUCAUUGUUAAUGAUAAUGAAUUAUAUAAAUUAGAAUUAAAUCCGCAACUAGAACAAUUACCCAUACAGUUAGCGUCUAAUGAAAUUCGUCUUUAUAUUUAUCCACGUUCAAAUCCAAGAGUUGAAAUAAGAAGAAUAUAUGAUUACACAGAUUUUUUAUCUAAUCUUGGAGGUUUUUAUGGUGCCACGGCCGGGAUUUUUUAUUUACUUUUUGGAAUGCAAAAACAUGAACCAUGGGGUUUAGCACAAAAAUAUCUUUUUACUUGCAUGCCUUGUAGAAAAAGUUUAAAGAAAAAAUUUGCAAGAAAAUAUGUUUCAUCUGCUGGUAUUCCAUUAGCUGAAAAGGUUAAUAAAAGACCUGAAGGAUCAUCUUUAGAGGAAAGGGUUCAAAUCUUGGAAACUUUGUUACGAGAUUAUUAUUUAGAUGAUUAUUAUUUACAGAAAGUUAAAGAAGUUAAAUUUAAACACAAAAAAUUCACUAGAGAAUAUGAGAUGAUUAGACAAGAAAAUGAAAAUACGGAACUAAAUACUUAAAUAUUAAUUUUAGUCUAGAAUUUUUACGUUUAAUUGGUCACGCGUAAUUAAUUUAUUGGCAGCAGUAAUCAUUAGGUAUAACCGUAUUCGCGAUA